CCCCCAAUGAAAAGCGGUGGAUCCGAGGAGCAGUUGCGCUGCUGUGCUGAGGAUGAUAUCAUCGGCGGCACCGCUCACUGUGCUAACUGGGAGAUAACAAAGGGGAAAUGUUUCUCACUAUCACGGACAAUUAUCACUGAUGUGUUUGGAAGCAGUGUCACUGGCCUGAUAGUUUCGUUGACAACACUUUCUACCUCCUCCCGUGCAAGUUUUCGCUGGGUUUCUCCCGCAGCUGAUGACGACUUUGAGUUGAACGCGGCGUUUGUAGGCUACCUGGGCUGGGCUGGGCAGGGCUGCACUGUCCUCUACUUCGUGUCGGUCGCCGCACCUACGCCUGUCCAUCUCCUAUGAAAAUGAAUAGCUUCGCUCUGGAGAAGGAGACCGAUGGAAAUGAAUUUGCAGCCAGCGAUGAAGAGGUCAGGACGUUGUUUGUCAGUGGACUGCCCCUAGACAUUAAACCCAGAGAGCUUUACCUCCUCUUCAGGCCUUUUAAGGGUUACGAGGGGUCAUUGAUCAAGCUGACCUCUAAGCAGCCUGUGGGCUUUGUUAGUUUCGACAGCAGACCUGAAGCGGAGGCAGCGAAGAACGCACUGAACGGGGUUCGGUUCGACCCGGAAAUUCCUCAGACCCUGAGGCUGGAAUUCGCCAAGGCCAACACAAAGAUGGCCAAGAACAAACUAGUGGGAACGCCCAACCCAUCCAUGCCCCAGCAGAACCCUGGCCUCCAGUUCCUCAACAGAGAUGCAUAUGAUGUGUCUGUUCCCAUCCUGUACCCAGCUGCUCCCGAGGUCUGGUCCCCCUAUGCGCUCUACCCCUCGGAGGUUAGCCCCAAUCUGCCAGCGUUCAGCUAUCCGUCUGCUCUGCACACACAGGUUCGCUGGAUCCCUCCUGCCGACUCCUCACAGGGAUGGAAGGUCAGGCAGUUCUGCUGAGAGAGGUUACGACGGAGUCCUUUAAAGCCUUCAUUAUCAACAAUGAAGAUUUCCUGAUUUAAAGGACUUUUUGGCUUUGGGGUCUCCAUGGACAUGCAAAAGGCAGAGUGCCUCAACCAAACAUCAACCGGCCGUCCAAAGGAACACUUGUCCAAUUUUAUACUGUACAGUCUUUUUACUAUUUAUGCAUAAAAGAAAAUGCCUGUUACUUCGUUCAUAUGAUUAAACAAGAUACAAGUAUACUUUACAAAAGUGUGAACAUUUCUGAAUAUUUUGAGGACAAAACAGACAAAAAGCAUUAUAAUAUUUUUGUAAUGAAUGUAUCUUGUAUAGCACUAUUACUCCUUUGUAGAAUGUUUGUGUUUAUUUACUGUUGAGUAUGUAUUAGCAUCAAUGUUGAGUGAGAAUAUGAGCUGUAAAGAGAAAGUGUGGCGUGAAAGAUUAAAGCAAACACGUGGCAUCUGUAUCUGAACGGGCCGUGAUCGGGCUUUGAGAAAAUGAUGUUUCCAGUGGGGGUUGGCUUAUUUUGUAGUCUUUAAUCUCUCAAGUCAAGGGGGAGUCACAUAGAGGAUCUUAAAAUAGAAUCGUCAGUGUAUUUUGGGAAAGUGACGCAACUCCCUUGAGAAUAUGAAGUCCCGUCUUUAAACUGAAAUCGAGUUCAGUCUCAAAGGUGAACAUCAAACUGUUGAUGACCAUUUUUAGCCUUUCACCAUCAAGGCCUUGUACAUCUCAUUUAGAUCAUACAUUUGUAUUUGAUCAAGCUAUCUAAGGAUUUAAGGACAUAACUGAGUUAUGGUGACUCAAUUUUAUAUUGUUAUUAUUAUAACAAUAUUAUUAUUCAGAUUCAACUAAGAUGAUCAUUCACUAGGAUAAUGUCAAAUUGUGAAAUUAUAUAAAUGUUUCCUAGAUCCAAACAAAGCAACAACAACUUGCGGUGCUACAUAUUAAAAGAGAACCCUGUACUUGUGCAGUGUCCAUAAGUAGAGUAAAAUGUAAUUUCCAUACUCCGGUUUCUCUCUUCACCCUGAGCCCUGAAUGACUGUGUGUCUCAGGCGGUCUCAUCGGGAGAAGCCGUAUAGAGACUCUCCCCACGGUGCAGACAGCAGCAAUGCUAGUGAAGGUUAGAUGUCGCGGGAGGUUUUUUCUCGAAGAAAAAUGAACUAUCCAAGAAUGUGAAAGGAUAAAUCAAUUGCAAAUGAAGCACAGCAAAGUCUAGAGAAUAUUUGCAUUUCGGGCUUCCAUAAAUCAGGCGAAACUGUGGAAAGGACUUGCUGCAGACGGUGUAUAUAUCAAACUCACUCAACCCUCUCCUUCUCCCUAUCUCCUGUUGACAACAUAAGCUCCACCCUGGGCCUGCAUCCCAGGCAGGCUGUUGAGAUUUCUCUGCUUUUUGGUGACAUUUCCUUGGGAAUAGGAGGGCCCAAGGCACUCCAGACUCCAUAAACAAGCAGGUUAACCCCAUCUGGUCCACAAAGCCAGCCUGUAUCUAGGUACUUUCA